AUGUCCUCCAUCCCGUACGACCUCCUCCCCAGCUGCGACCCCGACUUCGCCCACAUGAAGCUCAACCAAAAACAAUCCUUCGUUAACCGCUUCUUCGGCAUCCGCGCCUGCGACAACAAGAAAGACACCAGCCUCGCCGCCCUCUACUCCCACAACACUUCCCGUGCCUUCUCCUCCGCCACAUCAUCCACAAGCUCCUCGUACAUCUCGCUCAACCCAAAGGCGCCCUCGAGCAGCAUGCGUAUCCCCAUGGCCACGCCCCGCAGACCGCGCUCCAACACUGCGAACUCGUCGACCUCGGUGGCGUCGUUCGUGUCGCAGAGCUCCUUGCACAGCUGCGCUUCGUACAGCAGCCUGCGCAGCCGGUCGCCGAGUCGGGAGAGGAGGGGAGUGAUAGAAGAUGGGUGGACGCCUGUGGAAGAGUACUUCUAG